AUGUCUUCCGGAUUUGUAUCAGGUGGAACAGCAGAUGCUCCAACUCAGCGCAGUGAUGAAUGGCUAGCCGCUCAACAAGAAAUCGAAGCUAACAGACAACGAAAAGCCAUUGAAGCAAGACAACAAGACGGAAAGAGCUUGGGUGCGUUGAAUGAACCAGCUGCCAAACAAGAUGCAUUCGAAGAAGCCAAUAAACUCAAGAAUCAAUUCCGAUCGUUAGAUGAAGACGAGGUUGAAUUUCUGGAUUCGGUGUUAGAAAGUACGAGGGCAGAAGAAGAUAGAGUGAAGAAGGAAACUGCGGAAGGAUUGGAGCUAUUCAGGAAACAACAAGAAGAGGCAGACAGGAAGGCGAGAGCGGCGGAGAAUGAUGAAGCAUCAAUACAAGAGGGUUCGCCGGUGCGUGAGGAUGAAUGGGGUACUACGAGCCGGAAACGUAAGCGUACAAAGGAUAAAGAGGUAUUGAAGGGGGUGAAGGUUAGGAGAGCUUCGUCUUCUGCAGAACAAGCUUCUUCCUCGUCUGCCAAAGACUUGCCAAAGAAACCUGCGAAAGACGAUUCUAGCUCAGUUGCGACGAGCACUGAGCCACAAAAUCCUCAAGAUUCUGUCACAGUUUCGGAAACGCAGCCUGCAAAGGUGCCAGCUCAACCGGCGGCAAGCAAGAAGCCACCACCGCCUCCACCCAAAACAGGACUAGGAUUGGUAGAUUAUGGAUCUGACGAGGACGAUGAAUGA